AGACUCAGCUACGGGUAGCAGGAAGGCCAAAGGCGAUCAGUGUAAACAUUCCGUAUUUCCUGAAUUGCGAACUGUAAUAUUGUCUAGUAGAACAGCAGCUAGUGUAGUGUAGUUAAUUCUCUUUAAUAAAGCUCAGUUUACAGUAUGGCGAGAAACAUUUCCAUCAGAUUUGAUGAUUAAGGUUAGUAAAUGUUGUGGAUUUAAUCAGACUGCAUUAAACAGUGUAGAGUUGUGUAAUGGCAUUGUCCUUGUCUUUGAGUCGAGCUGCACAUCGUCACUGUGUGCUGCAGUUAAUAACGUGGAGAAAGUCACAGCAGCUUCUGUGUGGAAACCUCAGAAGCUUUGGCACAAAGUCGGAGCGAGAUCGGCCCAUUCCCAAGAUUUACACCAAAACAGGAGACAAAGGAUUUUCCAGCACUUUCACAGGAGAGAGGCGGCCCAAAGAGGAUCGUGUUUUUGAAGCUUUGGGUACAACGGACGAGCUCUCGUCUGCCAUCGGGCUGGCUAGAGAGUUCUGCCUCGAGAAAGGACACGCCUUCACCCAUCAGCUAGACAAGAUCCAGUGUGUGCUGCAGGACGUGGGCUCUAACAUGGCCACUCCUCGCUCAUCAGCCCGAGAGAGCCACAUAAAGAAGACGCAGUUCAGCAGUGAGACUGUAGCAGAGCUGGAGAGAUGGAUUGAUUCCUACACAGAUGAGCUUCCUCCUCUCACACACUUCAUCCUCCCUUCUGGGGGGAAAAGCAGUGCUGCCCUGCAUGUGGCCAGAGCUGUGUGUCGCCGGGCCGAGCGCUGCGUGGCUCCUAUAGUGCGUUCAGGCGAGGCCGAUCCUGACGUCAGUAAAUAUCUCAACAGGUUGAGUGAUUACCUGUUCACACUGGCCAGAUACACAGCCAUGAAAGAAGGAAACACAGAGAGGAUCUACAGGAGACCUGAAUGAACUUCUUCAACAUCAGAAAUAAACUCUCUUUUCUGAAAACUGUGAGAUUUCUCCAGUAUGUUUAUCUAAAUCACUUAUUUUGACCUGGUGUUGAAAACGUCUCCUGAUUCAGCUGAUGGUGUUAAUUCCACUGCAUCACUUCAUUACACUCCAACACUGACACAUAAUCAGAGUUCAUCACGAUGAACUCAUGGACUCUCUGUCUGACUCCAGCCACUGAACCGCUCUGACAGUACAAUAAAAGUAAAAUAUAACUCGGAAUAAACACAGUACAAACCUG